AUGGGAACUGCGCAAUUGUGUACCUGGCAUUUAGUGGACAGUGUACAGUUGGAGAGCGAUUCAGUGGUUGCUGCACAUGUGGAGCGCCUAAAAGGCAGCACAUGUGGUGGUGGAGAUAUGAGCUCGGUGAAGCCCCCGUUGAAGGACAUCGUACAGAAGCUGAAAGUGCUCCCCGACGAUGUGUUUCUGUUUGUGGAGAUACCGUUUAUGCCCAGCCGGUUGCCGAAGACCAAGAUACCGGGGAGGAACGGAACCCCGUGCGACCGGAUCAUAAGUGUCGGCUUCUUGUACAAUGCGACGGGGACCUGCACCACGGUGCCCCUUGUGGUGUUGCGCCAUGACGAGCGCCCCGAACCUAGGCGCAGCGGGGAUCCUGCACCGGCGGUGAUUGUGCGCUACACGAAGAGUGGGCGCCUCACACCCGAGGUGUUUACCGAGUUUUUUCAGACGGUUGAUGGGGUGCAGCUUAGCCGUGGAAGGAAGACGGUUGUGUUCACCUACAACACGGCGCACCGCAUUACCGCGAAUGACGCGGAGACCACGGUGGAGCAUGGGCUGACUAUGGUGCAUUUCACGCACACACGCUUUGUGGACCUGACAGACGUUGUGCACUGGUCCAGUAUGCCGUUUUUGCACGGCGUGGUGGACGCUUUCAAGGCUGAGUAUCGUGUGAUACUGAUGAGACGCGCGGUGCGGUCCAAUCUGUUCCACGAGGAUUUCGAAGCGCCGUUUUCCCUGGUGAAUUACGGUGUUAUGCUGCUGUGGGUGGGCUUGGCAUGGAAGGCGCUGACGGCGGCAACGAUGCAAAGGAGCUGGUGGAGGGCGGGAUGCGUCCCGGAGUCAUGGUGGGAGCUGAUGUGGCACCUGCACGGCAUGUACUCGGCCGGCAUGUACGAUCCCCUGGUCUCUACCACGGCGGACCUCCUGGUGCUGCUACGUGAGUUCCGUGUGCGGCCGGCUAUUUAUAUGCCGGUGUCCGAUUACGUGACAUGCGAUGAGUGGUUAAUGGAGAAGGCUGGUGUGAAGUUGGUGACGCCCACGACGCCGACGUCUUCAGGGGACGAGGGCGAGAUGUGCCUGCCGGAUGGGCCUCUGAUGCGUGACGAACGAAGCCGACGACGUGCCAUCCGCAAUGUGACGAACGCGUACGUGUGUCACGCGGAGGCGCUGGGGAUUGCUCCUGCGGAGGUGGCGACUGUCGUUGGCGCCUCUGAUGGAGAGGUGGUUAGCCGCCUAAGCCGCACACCGAAGAAGCGAGCGCGCAGUUCGGGGUCGUCGGAUAGUGGGUCCGUGUAG